AUGAGUACUACAAAUUAUACUAUUCUUCUUACCGCCGGUGGCGGCAACAUUGGCUCACAACUCAUUCCUCACCUUUUGAAAGAUCCCUCGAACCCUAAGAUCAUUCUGCCCACGUCCAACUCUGCCAGCCUCCUACGUCGACUGCCGUUCGUCUCCAACGAACAAGUGGUCGUGGAAGAAGGAGACAUUCAGGACGCUCGAUGGUUCGAGUCUCUCCUCUCGACCCACUCCGUGGACGCUGUAUUCGUCUGCUUGACGGGAGAGAAGGAACUCAUCACGACGUUCAACAUCUUCGACGCCAUGUUCAAGACCCCUUCGAUCAAACACCUGGUGUACAUUUCCGCAUGCGGAGACCUCACCCUCGAAUCGGCAGUCAACAAUGGCCGACUCCUCAACAUGUGUGCCGGUCACGUCGCUGUCAAGAUCAUUGCCGAGGGCAAACUUCGGUACGGAAUGCCCAGAGAUAGCUUCACCUGGACCAUCCUCGGACCUGCCAUGUUCACCAGUAACGAUCUCCUUUACAAAACAUCCCUGCUUGAAAGGGACUUCUACGACGAGCCGGUCGGCUCCAAAGGCGUAGCCAAGGUUGAUACCGCCGAUAUUGCUCUAGGGGCAUACAAAGCACUCAUGGACCAAGGCCGCAAGUACAACCGCCAGAAGAUCAUGAUUGGCUCCUUGAAGACAUACACUGCUACUGAAAUUGCCGCGCUUUGGUCCAAGGCUUUGGGCAAGGAGAUCAAAGCAGCCGAGAGCGACGCUAAGACCCUCAGCGCCUUUGAGAACGUCUUGGCCAAAUAUACGAGCCCGGCAUGGGGUAGAGACUUGAGACUCCUAUACGAGAGUUUUGAGAAAGAGCGUUUUGGCAUGACUGAGGAGGACUACGCGUGUCAAGUCGAAUUUCUAGGCAAAGAGCCUCAUGGCUAUGAGCACUUCAUUGAGGAGACUGCAAAGAGCUGGUUGAAGUGA